UAGUCUAGGUUGGUAAAUUAAAAGAGAUAGACCUCUACAGCUCUAUCUUCCCUUUCCCAUCGUUCAACAAUUAUAACACUCUUCAAUUUCCAUUUACAGACACUGUAACCGACAUUUUUCUUUCUUUCCACCAUUGAUAUUCCCCAUCAAUGGCGUAAACACAGCGAUUUCUACUCUGUUUCCAUGCACAUCUUCUCCUACAAAAGACCCUUCUCUCUCUCGCUUCAACAUGGGGUUUCUUUGACUCCGUCAACAAUGGUUCCUCCGAUGGAGAAGAAGCCCUUCAGAACCACUUGCUCCACCGAUCUCUGCUUCGCCAUUUUCAUUUCCUCCGCCUUAGUUUGGGUUUUCCUCUGUUUUGAUUACUCCACUUUCCAUUCCUCCACCAAUGGCGUCCCUAUCACUUCCUCUCUUAACCCUACCGUCUUCUCCACCGACAACCCCAACAAAUUACUCCUCAAACCCCCCUCCUCCGCCACCCGGACCGUCGAUCCUUGCUCCGGCCGGUACCUCUUCAUCCAGAACAUUCCCAGUCGAUUCAAUCUCGAUUUGAUCAGAAACUGUCAAUCUCUUACAAGAGGAACCGACAAAUCCGAUAUGUGUCCGUAUUUGGUGAACUCUGGUCUCGGCCCUGAAAUCGAAAAUUCUCGAGGGGUUUUUCUUAACAAUAGUUGGUUCAAGACGAAUCAGUUUCUGUUAGAGGUAAUUUUCCACAAUAACAUGAAACAGUAUGAAUGCUUGACGAAUAAUUCAGCUAUGGCGUCCGCUAUUUAUGUACCGUUUUACGCUGGUCUUGAUAUCAGCCAUUACUUAUGGAAUCCGAGUAUUUCGGUUAGGGAUUCUUCCGCUAGGGAUUUUCUGAGUUCGGUUUCUGAAAAACCUGAGUGGAAGAGGAUGUUUGGGAGAGAUCAUUUCUUCGUCGCCGGAAGAAUUUCUUGGGAUUUCAGAAGACAAACUGAUGAAGUUUCCGAUUGGGGAAGUAAACUCAGAUUCUUGCCGGAAUCUCACAAUAUGACGAUGCUCUCUGUUGAAGCAAGUUCGUGGAAAAACGAUUUCGCCAUUCCGUAUCCGACUUAUUUUCAUCCAUCGAAACUGAGUGAAGUAGUUGAAUGGCAGAGUCUCAUGAGAGCUCGACGGCGCCACCAUUUGUUCACGUUCACCGGCGCUCCACGGCCGGAUCUCGCAGACUCGAUUCGCGGUAUGGUGAUCGAGCAAUGCCGAGGUUCAGGUCUCUGUAAAUUCAUAGAUUGUAGUUCUGAUGGGGUUAAUUGUGAUGAUCCUAUUACCACCAUGGAAGUGUUUCAGAGCUCAAUCUUCUGCUUGCAGCCACCAGGAGAUUCAUACACAAGAAGAUCAAUAUUCGAUUCGAUUUUAGCUGGAUGUAUUCCAGUUUUCUUUCAUCCAGGUACUGCUUAUUCUCAAUAUUUAUGGCAUUUUCCUGAGAAUCAAACAGUUUAUUCUGUGUAUAUACCUGUGAGGGAUGUGAAGAACUGGAAUGAGAGUAUUGAGGGGAUUUUGAAUGGGAUUUCUAAAGAUAGAGUAUCUGCCAUGAGAGAGGAGGUUAUAAGAAUCAUUCCAAGGAUUGUUUAUGGAGAUCCCAGAUCAAAAACAGGGAAUUUUGAGGAUGCAUUUGAUUUAGCAGUUAAAGGGAUUCUUGAAAGAGUUGAAAAUAUUAGAAAGAAGAUUAGGGAAGGGAGUGAUCCUAGUGAAGGAUUUGAUGAUCCUGAUCAUUUUAAGUAUACAUUUUCUAGUAAAAACUGAGAAAAUUUUGCCGUUUUUUAAUGAACAUUGGAAAAUUUGGGAUGAAUGCCAUGGAUUGAUGCUGGGAUAUGCUUCACCAAGUAAGAAAUUGUGUACAUAUGUCCUCCCCUUGGCCAUUUCUUUUUGCUCCUUUAGCCCAUAAUAUGAGUGAUACUGUUGAAAUGUAUUCAUUAAAAAAAAAAAAAAAAAAAAAAAAAAAAGAAUCUGCCAUUACUGAAAGUCUUUUAAAUUAUUUGACUGCCAACACAAAGAUAUGAUCGUUUGCUCAAAUAUAUAUCUACUAUUAGAUUGCAA